AUGCGUGAAUGUAUUAGUUUACAUAUUGGUCAAGCUGGUGUACAAAUGGGUAAUGCAUGUUGGGAAUUAUAUUGUCUUGAACAUGGUAUACAACCCGAUGGUCAUAUACCAAAUAAUCAAUCAAAAGAUAAAAUUGAUGGUGCUUUUAAUACAUUCUUUACAGAAAUGAGUUCUGGUAAACAUGUACCACGUGCUAUUUUCGUUGAUUUAGAACCAAAUGUUGUUGAUGAAGUGAGAUGUGGCAUGUAUAAACAAUUAUUUCAUCCAGAACAAUUAAUUACGGGUAAAGAAGAUGCAGCUAAUAAUUAUGCACGUGGUCAUUAUACAGUUGGUAAAGAAAUUAUUGAUUUAGUAUUAGAACGUGUACGUAAAUCUGCGGAUCAAUGUACUGGAUUACAAGGAUUUUUAAUAUUUCAUUCAUUUGGUGGUGGUACUGGUUCUGGUUUUACAUCAUUAUUAAUGGAACGUUUAAGUGUUGAAUAUGGUAAACGAUCAAAAUUAGAAUUUGCUAUAUAUCCUGCACCACAAAUUGCUACAGCUAUAGUUGAACCAUAUAAUUCUAUAUUAACUACACAUACAACAUUAGAACAUUCGGACUGUGCUUUUAUGGUUGACAACGAGGCCAUUUAUGAUAUUUGCAGAAAGAACUUAGGUAUUGGACAUCCUACCUAUACUAAUUUGAAUAGAUUAAUUGCUCAAAUAGUUAGUUCAAUUACUGCUUCAUUACGUUUUGAUGGUGCAUUAAAUGUUGAUUUAACAGAAUUUCAAACAAAUUUAGUACCAUAUCCACGUAUUCACUUUCCAUUAGCUACUUAUGCUCCUAUUAUUUCAGCAGAGAAAGCAUAUCAUGAACAAUUAAGUGUAUCAGAAAUAACAAAUUCAUGUUUUGAACCUGGUAAUCAAAUGGUUAAAUGUGAUCCUAGAACUGGUAAAUAUAUGGCAUGUUGUUUAUUAUAUCGUGGUGAUGUUGUACCUAAAGAUGUGAAUGCUGCUAUAGCAAAUAUUAAAACAAAAAAAUCAAUACAAUUUGUUGAUUGGUGUCCAACUGGUUUUAAAGUUGGUAUUAAUUAUCAACCACCAACAACUGUACCUAAUGGUGAUUUAGCUAAAGUUCAACGUGCUGUAUGUAUGUUAAGUAAUACAACUGCUAUAGCUGAUGCAUGGGCACGUUUAGAUAGAAAAUUUGAUUUAAUGUAUGCAAAACGUGCAUUUGU